GAUCAGUGGGGACACGUGGAGGAGAUCGAGCUGGUGAAUGAUGGAUCCGGUCUGGGAUUUGGGAUUGUCGGUGGAAAGACGACAGGGAUGGUGGUCAGAACCGUGGUGCCAGGCAGCGUUGCAGAUAAGGACGGGCGUCUGAGGACAGGUGACCACAUCCUGCGCAUCGGGGACACCAUGACUAGAGGUCUGGCCAGUGAUCAGGUGGUGCAGGUGCUGCAGGCCUGCGGUGCUCAUGUGCGGAUGCUGAUCGCUCGAGAACCACUGGGGGCCAAACAGCCUGCACCUCCACCGGCCCCUGCCAUGGGCCCUGUCAGCUCCCUGCCUCCUCCACCACCUGUGCCAGCCCGCAGAGCCAGCAGAACGGUACGCUCACACGACCGAUAAAUACAACAAACAAACUUUUCAUUAGAUU